AUGUGCCCUAAUCAAACUGACCAUGUUAUGGUGAUGGAAUGCUACGGUGUUCCAGAGAAGAUCGUUCGACUCAUAAAGGCAUUUUAUGAGCGUACGUCGAUGCAGAUCUGUUUAUAUGGGGAAUUAACAGAAUCCUUCAAAAUAAAAACUGGUGUCCGUCAAGGCUGCAUCAUUUCCCCUACAAUAUUCAACUAUGCGAUAGACUGGGUAAUGGAUACCGCUUAUCGGCACUCAAGGAGUAUCCAGAUCAGUCCAAAGCGUUUCACAGAUCUUGAAUACGUUGGUGAUGUAGUCCUCUUUGCUGACGAAAUAUAA